GGCCGAAAACCCGCCCUGUGCGGAGGCGGGGCCGGAGGUGGACCCGCAGCAAAACCUGGCAUCUUCCAUGAUGGAAGCCACGCCUGCCCACUAGCCUGACGCCCGCCUGGCGGGAACCUGGGCUCGCCCGCUCCCAGCGAUCUGCAGUCAAUUGGUAGCGCCUGCAUGUCGCGCGCGGUGUUCGAUUGUCGCUGCCUGGGGAGGAGGAGCUGCUGCCGCCGCCACAGCCGCCGCCGCCGCCGCGGGCUUGGUUUGUGAGGAAGGGGGCCUAGGCCCGGGCCUGCGGUGGUGGGGCUUGCCGCGCGCUGGGGGUCGCUCCUGCCGUGUCCUCCGCUCCAGCUUCGCCCACUUCCCCUUGCCAGCGGGCUGGGCGCGGAGAAGACCUGCCGGAGCCAUGGAGGACGAAGUGGUUCGCUUUGCCAAGAAGAUGGACAAGAUGGUGCAGAAGAAGAACGCGGCUGGAGCAUUGGAUUUGCUAAAGGAGCUUAAGAAUAUUCCUAUGACCCUGGAAUUAUUGCAGUCCACAAGAAUCGGAAUGUCAGUUAAUGCUAUUCGCAAGCAGAGUACAGACGAAGAAGUUACAUCUUUGGCAAAGUCUCUCAUCAAAUCCUGGAAAAAAUUAUUAGAUGGGCCAUCAACUGAGAAAGACCUUGAUGAAAAGAAAAAAGAACCUGCAAUUACAUCGCAGAACAGCCCUGAAGCAAGAGAAGAAAGUACUUCCAGUGGCAAUGUAAGCAACAGAAAGGAUGAGACACAUGCUCGAGAUACUUACGUUUCAUCCUUUCCUCGGGCACCAAGCACUUCUGAUUCUGUGCGGUUGAAGUGUAGGGAGAUGCUUGCGGCAGCUCUUCGAACAGGGGAUGACUACAUUGCAAUUGGAGCUGAUGAGGAAGAAUUAGGAUCUCAAAUUGAAGAAGCUAUAUAUCAAGAAAUAAGGAACACAGACAUGAAAUACAAAAAUAGAGUACGAAGUAGGAUAUCAAAUCUUAAAGAUGCAAAAAAUCCAAAUUUAAGGAAAAAUGUCCUCUGUGGGAAUAUUCCUCCUGACUUAUUUGCUAGAAUGACAGCAGAGGAAAUGGCUAGUGAUGAGCUGAAAGAGAUGCGGAAAAACUUGACCAAAGAAGCCAUCAGAGAGCAUCAGAUGGCCAAGACUGGUGGGACCCAGACUGAUUUGUUCACAUGUGGCAAAUGUAAAAAGAAGAAUUGCACUUACACACAGCCCAGCAACCACCAUUCUGUUCUCUGUCUCUCAGAAUUUGACUAUACCAAGUACUUCAUGUACAAACCCGUAGUGCUGAUGAACCAAUGACAACAUUUGUUGUCUGUAAUGAAUGUGGAAAUCGAUGGAAGUUCUGUUGAGUUGGAAGAAUUGGCAAAAUAUCUGGACCAUUAAGAAAACGGAUUUUGUAAUUAGCUUUAAACUAGGCCAAGCAACUAGUUUUCCUGUAAAUCAGAUUUUUAAAGCAACUUGGGUUAGACUUUGUUUUUGACCUAACAUCCCUUCCUUUAAAUGCCUUCUGUAGUUUCAGAUCAGUAGGGAGACCAUAUAAUAAUUAUAUGGUAUCUGUUUCAAAACGUAUUUUUUCCGUUUUUAUAAGUAAGUUGAUAUCACUUAAAUUUUUGGCAAUAUUUUUUCUUUCUUAACGGAAAAUAUACGUUAACUUUUUUCUUUUACACUGUGAAACAUACACAGUAGAAAUUCUGUUAUUCUCUGUUAUUAAUACAUAAAUGAAAAUACUUUUUUUUUCAUAUUGGCAUGUAGCUGCAAAUAUUAAAGGAGGAGAAAAGGUAAUAUAAUUUUAGGUUUACCAAAUAUGGUGUGUAUUCAAAUAAUACUUGACCAGCUUAUCUAAAAUGUACAUAAUUUUGAGGUAGCUUAUGAAUUUGAUUUUAAUUAUUAUGUUCACAAGCUUGGAAUAUUAGAUAUUAUUUUGCAUCUGUAACUAACCGUGAUCAUCAUUUCUUGUAAUUUCUUGUACAUGUUAUUACUUGUUCUUAAUAGAUUUUUGGAAACAAGACUUUAUUGAGAUCAGUUUGGUUUUCCUAUUAAUUUACCUGUUUGACUUUAUAAUGUCAAAAUGUUUAGUUUUGCAGAAGAAAACUGUUGUAGUUUAGAAGGCUUUUCAUAAAUCCCCUCAUAGGCAAAGAUGAAAACUUCCCACUAUUUUUUUCCCCUCUUAGGAAGACAUACUGGAAAGAAAAUGUUUAGCAUCUUAGUGUAGUAUAGCUAUUGUAAACAGUUCAUUACUAGAUUUUGAUUCGGAAAUCUAUACUGACCAAGGAUUAAUCUUAAGGAUUGUAUAAAUCAUUAAAGCUGUGGUCUUUUCAUGUGGAGAUUGAUAGAAAAUAUUUUUGUCCCACGUCUUAUUUGCUGACUUUUUCUGUCAAUGAGUGAGAUUGUUGAACAAACUGAAUAUAUGGGCUAUAGCAAGUAGCUUUACAGUACAGAUCUUACAAUUAAGUUUUACUUUUUGUUAAAGUGUGUACCAUUUUUUCGUUUGGAGUAAGACAAAAAUUGUUUUCACAUAGGUUCCCUAGGGUACACUUGCUCUAGCAUACUUUAAAGCCCACUGUUGCAAAGUCUACAUUUUAUGCUGAAUCUGCAUUCUGUCAGGCACACAUAGAAAGACCUCAGUACGUGCUUUGCACUCUCCUUUGGUCCCUUUUUCCAAUUUCUUAUUGCAUAUCAUUUUGUUGUAAUACAGAAAGCAGCAUUUUUAAAUGUCCUAGUUAAGAAUUGGCCCACCGGUACCAACUCAACCUCUAUUUUGUCAGUUCAUAGUUGAAGAUUUUAUUUUAUUUCAAAAAUAAAGUACAUUUUUGAAAUAAUGAGUUUCAGAAUAAAAUAAUCUCACUUUUAAGUGAUCCAUUUUAAAAUUUGUAAUUCAAUAAAGUUUUUUUGUUGUUAAACAU